AGGAUGGCUUCUGUUCGUCGCACCUUUCUUCCUCUAGUCCUGCUGGGCAUGGCUGCACUGUGUGCCUGGAACAUGAACGAAGCAUUUGUCAGUGCGCCCCGGACAAGCAACAAUGAGGUCAUGGGUCAGCAGAAGCUUAGAGAAGGCGCAGUCUUGGGAUUGGCCACUGGAUUGUUGACUGCAGAGCCAGCUCAUGCUGGUGGUGGGCCCUUCUUUGAUGAGAUCCUCCCUUAUGCGAUGAGCAUCAGCUUUGCCAUCAUUUGGGCAGGAAAGCUCGGAUUGGCACAAGAGCAAGCUCUAUACCGAGCUACACUUUUUGUGAGAGCUUCAUGUCCUCAUGUCUUUCAGCUAAGGGCAUCAUUUUGGGCUUCGUGCUCUUGCGUUUGCAGGAAGCCUUCCCAGAGCAUCUCAGCAAGCAAAAGUUAGAGAUUGCUUGUGAGGCCGUUUGCGUCGUGAUUGAGCUGCAAAAAAGAGCCACACAUGCUGCAGUGUUGAAUCUCAGGUGAGCUGUGGGCGGCCAAUUUUUCACGAUGCAUUUGCUUUGACUGCCGAGGGCGUAUCAAAACAAA